AGCAAUAGUCUCUACAGAUGUGAAGAAGUCGCUUGACACUCCAAGGUUGACAUGCGACAGGUAUCACCGGGAGUCUCGGGACUGAUGAUGCUACUUCCCUGAUGCAAGUAAGUCCACGAAGUCAAGUUGAGCGUGCUACAGAUGGGCAGUACCUCUAGCAUAGCUAAGCCGGAGGCUGAUGAUCCUGAUCCAGAAAUGAACAGGUCAAGGUCAACCGGGAAGCAAAGUAAAGACAAAGCACCAGCACCAGCACCAGCAACAGCAUCUGCACCACCACCGCCACCACCACCACCAGUCCAGUCUGUUUCCGUUGAAAAUAAUAAGAAGCCACACCCACAAGAUGGCGGAGAAGAUGAAGUGGAUGCUCCAUUGUAUGAUCCCCAAAAAAAGGAGGAUGUGUUUGGGAAAUCGGUUGCAGAGCCCAAGGCUGUUCAAGAGGAAAAGACCAACGUAGCUGACAUGAGUGAAGCAGACGCGAAAGUGUUGCAUGCAAUGAAGAAAAAACACCCUGAUUUAGCUGCUACUUUUGAUGGUCAGUACAAAUUUGUGUCUGUCCUGAAGGGGGACCUACUACUUGAAACAGAAAGGAGUUAUUUGCAGAAUUCAAUUGAAAGAGAUUUGUCACUGAAGUUCAUGGAGGAGAAUGAAAGAAACAGAACACUCAUGGCUGAUUUUUUAGCUGAAAUUGAUGCAGCCAUUGUCUUAUAUGAUUCAUACAAAGCCAUAAUGAUGAAAGAAAAGUUGGAGUACAUGACAGACAGCAUCCUGCAGGGAUUGGUAACAAAACCAGAGAUGAUGUUUGUUUUUACCAUCCGGGGUAUAAUGUGGAAUUAUUCUGAUGCAAGUUCACUGUUCUCGGAGAGACUUGGCAGCACUGGAGUGUUUGAAGAUCUUGGGAAGGACCUUCAGCACAUGAAGGAAGGGGACCUGGGUUACUCCUUUGAAUCGUGUGUUGGCAUCCUUCACAAUACAUCCAAGAGUCCAGCAAAUCGGCCAUUGAUGCGGGCCCAGGAGAUCGGCAAACACUUGUUGCCCUUUCUUAAAUCUAAAAAAACAGACGUAAAGAUGGUGACGUUACUGACCUUGUCCUACAUCCUUGAUGAGUCCCAGAACGACCUCCUUCUGGCUGACGAUUCUGUCUUUGACUUCAUACUUAGCAUGAUCAAGUUGGCCUGGAAAGCACAGGAUCAUCGCUAUAAUGGUUUCAGUGUGAUGGAGUUGGUGGAGGGACUGACGGGGUUGGCCAAGAAUGAUGACAAUAAGAAGCUGAUUGAGAAGAAAGGUGCCGUGGCGACAGUGAUGAAGAUUGUGAAGGAUGGAAGCGAUGACGAGAAGCUGGUUGCUGUCAAAUGUAUCUGGGAGCUCUCCUUCGACAAGGACAACAGGAAAACCUUUCAUGAGAAUGAAGAACUGAUGAAGCUGCUGAAGUCUGUCAAAAUGUCAGACAACAAGAAGUUGUCAAAAGCUGGUGGUGGUGCAUUAUGGGAAAUACAUUUACACAGUGUUGACAGUGCCUUGGAGGGCCAGACUGGAGGAGAGGAGGGAGGCGGACACAUCAUGAUCAGCUACCAGUGGGCUGACCAGAAGAAGCUUCUCCAGGUGAAAGAGAUGCUGCGAGCUCAAGGCUUCAGUGUGUGGAUGGAUGUAGACAACAUGGGGGGCUCCACACUCCAGGCGAUGGCAGAGGCUGUGCAGAACUCGGCUGUCGUGCUCGUCUGUAUGUCGGAGCGCUACAAGGAGAGCCAGAACUGCAGAUCAGAAGCCGAGUAUGCAUUCUCCCUCCAGAAGACCAUAGUGCCUCUCCUCAUGCAGCGUGCCUACAAGCCCGAUGGCUGGCUGGGUAUGAUCAAGGGGACAAAACUCUUCUUCGAACUCAGUGGCAAAUACGAUUUCCAAGCAAAGGUCAAUGAUCUCAUCAAAGAACUUGGAAACAAGGGAAAGACAUCAAAUCGUGGAAUGCCUGUUGAUGAGACUAAGAUUCCGGUGAUCCGAGCAGGCCCAGUGGAUGCUGGGAAGGGUGCCAGUGUCGCAGGCUGGUCCAGUAAAGAUGUCCUCAACUGGCUGCACAAGUCCCAAGUGACCAUGAAUGAGAAGCUUAAAAAGUUGACAGGAGAACAUGUUGCCUUUCUGCGUAAACUGUCACACCGAGCUCCAGAAUAUUACUUCAGCUAUAUUGAAAGAAAGCUCCAUCUGGAAUCUCUGGACGAUAUGAUGCACUUCAGCAACGCACUUGACAAUCUCUGAUGAUGAAUUCAACAAUGUACUUGAUGAUGAGAUUAUAAAGGACUAAAGCAGUGGAAUAUUUUUUAAUCCUUGCUGUCAAAACUGUGAGUAAGCCAUCCUGUUGUAAUGUAACAAACAAGUGGCAACAUUGACUCCUGGAAAUCACAUCAUUUAAAUAUUUCACUGUAAAAAUACCUACUUGGGUUUAAACAAUAUGUUGAAGUCAAGAUAGUUAUUUCACUGUAAAAAUACCUUCAUGGGUUUAAACAAUACGUCAAAGUCAAGAUAGUUAUUUCACUGUAAAAAUACUUACUUGGGUUUAAAUAAUUCUCCGAAGUCAAGAUAGUAAUUUCACUGUAAAAAUACCUACAUGGGUUUAAACAAUACGUCAAAGUCAAGGUACAGUUAUUUCACUGUAAAAAUACCUACUUGGGUUUAAACAAUAUGUUGAAGUCAAGAUAGUUAUUUCACUGUAAAAAUACCUACAUGUACUUGGGUUUAAACAAUAUGUCAAAGUCAAGAUACAGUUAUUUCACUGUAAAAAUAUUUACUUGGGUUUGAACAAUAUGUCAAAGUCAAGAUACAGUUAUUUCACUGUAAAAAUAUUUACUUGGGUUUGAACAAUAUGUCAAAGUCAAGAUACAGUUAUUUCACUGUAAAAAUACCUACUUGGGUUUAAACAAUAUGUCAAAGUCAAGAUACAGUUAUUUCACUGUAAAAAUACCUACUUGGGUUUGAACAAUAUGUCAAAGUCAAGAUACAGUUAUUUCACUGUAAAUAUACCUACUUGGGUUUGAACAAUAUGUCAAAGUCAAGAUACAGUUAUUUCACUGUAAAAAUAUUUACUUGGGUUUGAACAAUAUGUCAAAGUCAAGAUACAGUUAUUUCACUGUAAAAAUACCUACUUGGGUUUGAACAAUAUGUCAAAGUCAAGAUACAGUUAUUUCACUGUAAAAAUACCUACUUGGGUUUGAACAAUAUGUCAAAGUCAAGAUACAGUUAUUUCACUGUAAAAAUACCUACUUGGGUUUGAACAAUAUGUCAAAGUCAAGAUACAGUUAUUUUACUGUAAAAAUACCUACUUGGGUUUGAACAAUAUGUCAAAGUCAAGAUACAGUUAUUUCACUGUAAAAAUACCUACUUGGGUUUGAACAAUAUGUCAAAGUCAAGAUACAGUUAUUUCACUGUAAAAAUACCUACUUGGGUUUGAACAAUAUGUCAAAGUCAAGAUACAGUUAUUUCACUGUAAAAAUACCUACUUGGGUUUGAACAAUAUGUCAAAGUCAAGAUACAGUUAUUUCACUGUAAAAAUACCUACUUGGGUUUGAACAAUAUGUCAAAGUCAAGAUACAGUUAUUUCACUGUAAAAAUACCUACUUGGGUUUGAACAAUAUGUCAAAGUCAAGAUACAGUUAUUUCACUGUAAAAAUACCUACUUGGGUUUAAACAAUAUGUCAAAGUCAAGAUACAGUUAUUUCACUGUAAAAAUACCUACUUGGGUUUGAACAAUAUGUCAAAGUCAAGAUACAGUUAUUUCACUGUAAAAAUAUUUACUUGGGUUUAAACAAUAUGUCAAAGUCAAGAUACAGUUAUUUCACUGUAAAUAUACCUACUUGGGUUUGAACAAUAUGUCAAAGUCAAGAUACAGUUAUUUCACUGAAAAAAUACUUACUUGGGUUUGAACAAUAUGUCAAAGUCAAGAUACAGUUAUUUCACUGUAAAAAUAUUUACUUGGGUUUAAACAAUAUGUCAAAGUCAAGAUACAGUUAUUUCACUGUAAAUAUACCUACUUGGGUUUGAACAAUAUGUCAAAGUCAAGAUACAGUUAUUUCACUGAAAAAAUACUUACUUGGGUUUGAACAAUAUGUCAAAGUCAAGAUACAGUUAUUUCACUGUAAAAAUACCUACUUGGGUUUGAACAAUAUGUCAAAGUCAAGAUACAGUUAUUUCGCUGAAAAAAUACUUACUUGGGUUUAAACAAUAUGUCAAAGUCAAGAUACAGUUAUUUCGCUGAAAAAAUACUUACUUGGGUGGAACAAAGGAUGGAACAAUACACCAAUAAUACACAUCAACAAUGAACAACAAUGUAGAAAAAUUUACAUAAUUCAUACAAAAUCUCAAAAAUUUAAAAAUAAUUAUUUUGUCUGAGUUGUGUUUUUUCCAGAUUGAUCAACAAUGAUAAGGCUGAGAUGUUAAUCAGUGAUGUUUUUAACCAAUCCGAUGCACAGAUGAUGUGUAACAUGAUACAUAUUGAUAUUGAUUGACCUUUUUUAUUUAAUAUUAAUAUAAAUAUUAAAUGUCAUUUUACAAUGCACCCCAAAUCCCCUAGUUGCUGCUUAUUGUGCUGUAUUCACAGAGGCCAGACAUCGACACAGUGGUAUGUUUGGAGCAUUCCUUGGAGAGGGGUAGAUUGUUUCAAUGAAAAGAGGUGCAGGAGAAACAUUUAUGGACAAAACAUUCCGAGCAUGUUGCUUUCACAGUAAGCUUUAAGCUGCAUUCAAGCCCACUCAUCCAACAUCCAACAUAGAGUCCUACCUACCUGCCUAGAAUAACCACGCACCUCUGUGAAUUAAUGAUGAGCAAUCACAUUAUCACAUCUACAAUACCGAUAUAGAGUAGAUAUAGCAAGGUACGCCUUUCAAAAGGAAUCUUUAAUGUUGGAAUAUAUGAAUAAAUAUAUUAAUAUAAAUGAACGAGACUUUUUUAACCCCCAAAUCCAUACUCGAGAACGCUCAACAUGCUCAAAGUACGGAUCCAUUAUUACCCUGGUCAGGGGAUCAGUGUGCACAUUCUUCAGUUACAUUCUCAGUUCCCUGGGCUACAAGUGUUGUUAAUACAUGCAAUAGAUUUUCAAAUUGAGUUGAUGUCAGAUUGUUGUUGUGAAGUCAUGUCACACUGUCACCUUUCACAUUGUGCCAUAUCCAUGUAUUCUCAUGACAUGACACUACUGGUACACAGAGGGGACUUGAGUGAGGUCGUGACCCCAAUGAAUAUGAAUGAGUUCGCAGGGGUUAUGAUCGAGUUUGAUUCAUAAAGAAAAACAUUUGAAUGUAAGCGUUGCUUGUCACCCCAGCAGUAUGCUGUAAUGUGUUGUAGGGAAGAUGUUAUCCAACCAUAAUGUUUAAUGUUCCUGUAUGCAUAUUACAACUACACAACUGUACAUAUAUGUGGCCCUGUGCAGAGCACAGAUCACAAAUCAGGUGAAAUAAAGGCAAACCUGGCAGCAUGUGCAUUAGUGGUCACGCUUGGCAAGCUGAUUUGUCAGACUGACCAAUGAUAUUCUUGAGGGCAGCUCCAAGAUUGAAGUUGUAAAUCCUGUUAUUUGAUUGGCUGUUAAGACUGUGAUACUCUGUAUAUUUCCUGGUUUUAUUUUAAUUUGAAUAAAAUUAUAGAAGACUCCU